CCGGUGCGGGCCGCCAUUGUGGCCAGUUCGAUCGGUAUCGGGAGCGGAGAGCGGAGCUCAGCGAGCCCGGAGCAGGGAGCAGCCCCCCCACGGCCGGCCUCAGUCACCAUCACACCGCGGGAGGCGGCGCAAACAGCCAGUCACCACCACCGCCCGCACCGAACAGCCGCCGCCAUGAGCAGCGAGGCCGAGACCCAGCCGCCCGCCGCCCCCGUCCCCGCGGCGGCCCCCGCCGCCGCCCCCGCCGACUCCAAGCCCAACGGCGGCACCGGGAACGGGGGCAGCGGCCUGGCCUCGGCGGCGCCUCCCGCCGGCGGGGACAAGAAGGUCAUCGCAACGAAGGUUUUGGGAACAGUGAAAUGGUUCAACGUACGGAACGGUUACGGCUUCAUCAACAGGAAUGACACCAAGGAAGAUGUGUUUGUCCAUCAGACUGCCAUAAAGAAGAAUAACCCCAGGAAGUACCUCCGCAGCGUAGGAGAUGGAGAGACCGUGGAGUUUGAUGUGGUUGAAGGAGAAAAGGGUGCGGAGGCAGCUAACGUUACAGGCCCUGGUGGAGUUCCAGUGCAAGGCAGUAAAUACGCAGCAGACCGUAACCAUUACAGACGAUAUCCGCGUCGCAGGGGUCCUCCACGCAACUACCAGCAAAACUACCAGAACAGUGAGAGUGGGGAAAAGAACGAAGGAGCAGAAAACAUCCCGGAAGGCCAAGCCCAACAACGUCGCCCCUACCGCAGGCGGCGGUACCCACCUUACUACAUGCGUAGGCCCUACGGGCGUCGACCACAAUAUUCCAACCCUCCCGUGCAGGGAGAGAUAGUGGAGGGUGCUGACAACCAGGGUGCAGGAGAGCAAGGCAGACCAGUCAGGCAGAACAUGUAUCGAGGUUACAGACCACGAUUUCGCAGCUUGACUUUCAGGGGUCCUCCUCGUCAAAGACAGCCUAGAGAGGAUGGAAAUGAGGAAGAUAAAGAGAACCAAGGGGAUGAGACCCAAAGUCAGCAGCCACCUCAACGUCGGUACCGUCGUAACUUCAACUACAGACGCAGACGCCCAGAGAACCCUAAACCACAAGAUGGCAAAGAGACGAAGACAGCCGAACCACCAGCUGAGAACACGUCCGCUCCCGAGGCCGAGCAGGGCGGGGCUGAGUAAAUACCGGCUUACCAUCUCUACCAUCAUCCGG